UGGACUUGGAAGGCCCUUUCCACGGUCAUCCAUACUCAGCACAGCAAAACUCAUUCUUCUACCACACUUCACCUCCCUAGCGCAAACAUUCUCCCCUCCCUUGUGCGCUGCUCCUAUGCUCUCCCCUCCACGUCACCAGUUGGACCUGAUACUGGUCCUUUCUUUGUCAACCCAUAUGAUGCACCCGGAGAGCACCGCACCACUCUGAUGUGCUCCCCCCACUAUGCUUGCUCACUACCUCUCCUUCCACCACACCACCCCUUUCGACCCCCGGCAUCCCUUCUUCUUGAACCGCACGACACUGCUUCAACUCUCUCCCACCUCUCAUCCAUCAAUGGCACUUUUCUCUCUUCCUGCUUCUUCCCUUCCCUCCCUCUGCUCUCGUUCCUAUUGAGCCCUGGAAGGAUCCCCCCCCCCCGUGACCCACGUCAAGCAGCGCUAACUCCCCUCCCCUCCAUCUCUCUCUCGUUCCACCACCCCUUCCCCCAUCAUCCCCUCCUGCCCUGUCAUUCCCAGGUAGACCUAGAAGGCCCCUUCCCCUUCGAUCCAUACAACACCGCCUCCACUCUCCCCCGCCUCUCCUCCCUCAACGGCGCUCUGAUCUCCUCCUUCAUGCGGGGAGGUUCCUGGAUGUUUCCUCGCCUGCCAGCCUGGCCGCCCGGCACGCCAUUGGUGGAUCGAGUGCUGCAUGCCAUGUGGCGCCACGUGUGCAGCUACAAGCUCGCCACUGAGACACAGCUGGACGAGAGUGCUGUGUGGUACGUGAUGGACGAGUUCGGCAGUGCCUUCCGCCACAGCGACCGCCCCAACUUCCGCUGUGCGCCCUUCCUCUUCCUUCCCCAUGGCUCCUUCGCCUCCGCUGUCAGCUACUCGCUCGUGUGGCCAGUGGCAGCAGUGCAGGAGGGGGAGGAGUGCACGAGGGACUAUCUCGCCGGGGUGGGGGAGGAGCAGCAGCGCUCCGCCAAACUGGCCGUGUGGUUCCACACGCCCUCGAGCGCCUUCCAGCAAGCCUAUGAGCAGCGCCUAUGCAAGUUUGCAGCAGCAGCUGCGAAGCAUGCAGAAGCAACCACUCUCCUUGCUUCUACUGAAUCUGACACUAAGGAGGACAAGGCAGCAGCAGAAGGAGAGGCGACUGCAGCAGCACUUGUGCCAAACAGGCCGGAAGAGCCGGAGAAUUCAGAGGGGCCAAAGGGGGCAGAGAGGCAGGAGAAGGGGGAAGCAGGGAAGCGGGUGUAUGGAGUGUUCAGCGAUCUGCCCCAGGUUCUUGGCAACCUCUCCCGCCCCGAGUUCACAUUCGUUGACAACGCCAGCGAGGCGGACAUCAUAUGGACGAGCAUGCAGGUGGACGAUGCGUUCAGACAGGCGGCUGGGCUGAAGAAGAGGAGCGGCAAGGGAGAGCAAGAGCCUUAUGUGAACCAGUUCCCGUUUGAGGCAUGCAUUGUGAUGAAGCAUCAUCUGGCGAGAACCAUUCAGCAGGCAUACGGUAACACGCGCCCCUGGCUGCAAGACACGUACGACAUGCAGUCGGAGCUGGCAGCGCUGAUAGGAUGCUUCCAGCAGAGGGAAGCGGCAGGUGCUGCUGCAGCAGGGAAGCGACUCACUGCUGGCUACGAGGGCAGAGAGGAGCCUGAUAGUGACGCAGAUCUGGACAACACGUGGAUCAUGAAGCCCUGGAAUCUCGCGCGCAGCAUGGAUGCAACGGUGUCGCGCCACCUGGCGCAGAUCGUACGGCUGGCAGAGACCGGCCCUAAAGUGUGUCAGAAGUACAUCUCCCGCCCCGCGCUCUUCCACGGGAGGAAGUUCGACCUGCGCCUCCUGCUGCUGCUCAAGCGGCUCAAGCCCUUGGAGGCAUAUUUGUCAGACGUGUUCUGGGCACGCAUCGCCAACAAGGAGUAUUCUCAAGCAGAGGACUCGCUGUCGGACUUCCAGACGCACUUCACUGUCAUGAACUACAGCGGUCACAAGUACGAGCACGUGCCAACUCACGAUUUUGUGCAGGCGUUCGAGCAGGAGCACAGCGUGACGUGGCAGUCUAUUGACCAAUCAGUGCAGAGAAUGCUGCGGGAGCUCCUGGCUGCUGCUGUUACUGUCCAUCCCGAGAUGCAACCAGAUGACGACACCUGUCGAGCAAUCUACGGUGUGGAUGUGAUGCUGGAUGAUCACUUCCAACCCAAGCUUCUGGAGGUUAGUUGUGCAGUUGUCCCUUUACUCAUUCCCUACGAUUGA